UGGCCUCGGCCUAUCACUGAAGACAUGCCCAAUGUCCCAGGGCUGGGGCUGUCCCAUUGCCUCCAGCUGUCCUGCUCCCACCUGCAGUUGGAAUACACACUGGCUGAUCCACCAUGGGAAGCCUCCACUGCUCCCAGCCCCCAGACAUUGUUUGUACUGAGAGAUGCUUUUUACUACUCAGUAUUAUGUAGAUCUAGAGAGAAAUACCUGUAAAAGAAACAUAUUUAUGCACUCAUCGGAUCCACAUCAGUGGACUCUAUACUAGGAAAAUCUAACCAGUUCAUGUAAUAUGAAAUCAUGAGUUGUGCAAUUAAGUGGAUUUGGUAAGAUUCAGGAGGGAAGUGAUGAACAUUGCAACUUGCAACACUUCCGAUGGUACAACAGUUCCCCAAAACACAGCAGCAAGGGAGGCAGCCCUAUUUAUAGCUAUACAACCAUUUAAAAUACGAGUCUUUCCAUCCUCUCUGAGUCUGAAGACUAUGAUGGAAAGAUAAGUGAGAUAAAGGAGUUUUGAAAUAGAAGGAUGAAGAGAUGGCUUCUCCUCUUACACUCAUCUUCGUGACUCAGUGGAUAUUACUGACCACCCAGCUAUGUGUUGGCUGGCACUGCAUAGACUGUGUGAAUGGAUCAGCCAUUGAAAACUUCUCCUGUGUGAUUUACAACAUUUCCUUCAUGAACUGCACUUGGCAGGCAGGCAGGGCUGCUCCAGGAGAUACCCAGUAUUUUCUCUACUGGCAGAACUCGAGAUAUGACAAUACAAUGGAAUGUGAGAUUUACAUUAAAGAUGAAAAUGGCAGAAAUGUGGGAUGUAGAUUCCAAAACGUGAGGAUAGAUACUGAAAAAGCGUACUUCCUGGUGAAUGGGUCUAGCAAAGACUCUCUGAUUCAGUUCUAUGAUGAAUACAUUCAAUUGUAUAAAAUUGAAAAGCUCAUGCCUCCAUCAAAUAUUACUGUCCACUGUGAAGAAAUCCAAAAUGAUUGCAUAAUUCAAUGGCAACCACCCCAAAUAAAUCAUUCUAACAAAGACAAGUGUUUUAAAUAUGAAAUCAACAUCAAGUAUAAGGGUAAUCCUGAGGGAAACUCCAAAUAUAUUUCCAUACAGGAGGGGGGGAAUAGUCACACAUUUCGAAGAUCGAAUAUGAGGAAGAAGUAUUACCUGAAAAUGAGAGCAGCUGGCAGUGCCUGCUUUGUGAGCCCAGCCUGGGGGGAGUGGAGUGCACCUGUUGAGUUUGGAAAAGAAGACAUUAUUUCUUUUUCAGCAUGGAUUUUACUUGUGGUAGCAGUUGCAACACUCUUAGUGGCAAUCUUCACAAUUUUGUUCUGCAAAAGGACUGGCUAUUGGAAAGCAGCAUUUCCAAAAAUACCACAGCCAAAAAAAUUGUUUUGUGGACUGACUGACACAUACCCAGAGCUGAUGGAGAGCAAAAUUCAGUCAAUAAUAUCUGAAAAUGAAGAUAUUAUAUUAAUUGUCGAUGUAGUAAAAUAAGCAAGAAAACCAGAGGAAUUUGAAAUUCCUCUUCUUAAUUCUUAAUUCAGGCAACUGUAUAUUCCUGUGGCAAGUCCGCAACAAUACAUAGGCUUUUUUCACUUUCCUCCUUUUCUUGGCACAAAGAAUAGUGUAGCUGAGAGAGAAUGAUAUCUUACCUGUGAUUUUUUAAAAUAUCAGUGUAUUUGUAUUUAAGUUUGGCCAACUUUAGCUGUUCGUGCAACUUGUCCUUAUUGGAUAUCUUCCAUUUUGUGAAUAUGUUUGGUUGAAAUAUUUCAGUUAAGAAAUUUUAGUUACAUUUUAAUUUGUUUAAGGAAAAAUGAGUUUGUCCCAUAUUAAAAAAAAAAAA